UCACGUUUGUGGAUUUUGUUCAGGUCUUCCUGCAGAUCCUGGGCGUCAUCUCCGUAGCCGCCUCCGUGAUCCCGUGGAUCCUGAUCCCCGUGCUCCCCCUGCUGGUGGUUUUCAUCUUCCUGCGGCGAUACUUCCUCAAGACGUCCAGAGAGAUCAAACGGCUGGAGGGAACGACUCGGAGUCCGGUCUUCUCCCACCUGUCCUCGUCCCUCCAGGGCCUGUGGACCAUCCGGGCUUUCGGUGCCGAGGAGCGAUUCCAGAAGGCGUUCGACGCCCAUCAGGACCUGCACUCAGGAGCGUGGUUCCUCUUCCUCACCACCUCCCGCUGGUUUGCCGUGCGGCUGGACGGAAUCUGCGCCAUCUUCAUCACCAUCACCACCUUCGGCUGCCUGCUGCUCCGAAACCAGCUGGACGCGGGCUCUGUGGGGCUGGCUCUGACCUACGCCGUCACGCUGAUGGGCAUGUUCCAGUGGGGCGUGAGGCAGAGCGCCGAGGUGGAGAACAUGAUGACGUCUGUGGAGAGAGUGGUGGAGUACACCGAGCUCCAGAGCGAGGCGCCCUGGGAGAUGCAGAAGCGGCCGCCGCCCGAUUGGCCGAGCAAAGGUUUGGUGACCUUUGACCAGGUCAGCUUCUCCUACAGUGACGACGGCCAGCCGGUGCUGCACAACCUCAAAGCCACGUUCCGACCCCAGGAGAAGGUCGGCAUCGUGGGAAGAACCGGCGCCGGGAAAAGUUCUCUUGUUUCGGCUCUGUUUCGCCUGGCAGAACCUCAGGGGAAGAUCUACAUCGACAACGUGGUCACGUCCGAGAUCGGCCUUCACGACCUGCGCCAGAAGAUGUCCAUCAUCCCCCAGGACCCGGUUCUGUUCACGGGAACCAUGAGGAAGAACCUGGAUCCGUUCCACCAACACUCCGAUGAAGCUCUGUGGAACGCUCUAGAAGAGGUCCAGCUGAAGGCCGCGGUGGAGGAGCUGCCACAGAAGCUGGAG